GUCACAUGGUGUUUGUUUACAAGAAAACGACGAGAGACCGGAGCUUUGUGAGUCAUUCACUGUAGUGCAGCAUGCGCCAGGGGAUCUAAUUACAGUAUGGAAUUCACAACUAAAUGUUUGCCAGCUAGAUAUAUUUUAUAACGUAUGUUAAAUCUAAAAUGCGCGAAAUGUCUGCAGUUGUGCAUUUGGUGUGCAAAUUUAGUAGCUAGUUAGCUAUCUAGCUAAGUGGUUAGCUUAUUUCUAAAUCAAGCAUUCGCUUGGUAACAGCAGAGAAUCCCGUCCUGGAUCAAGAGCCUUGCUGGCAAAUAUUAGUUUUGUGCGUGCAGAAAAAUGAGCCCGGCUCUAGAUCUCAUCUUCCUCAUCUUCCUCUUGACUGCAGCUGAAGCCUGUCGUCAUGGCAGUAGGCAGAGGCCUCACUAACAGGGCGAGGCUAAGAUGGUGGACCGGCUGGCGAACAGCGAGGCCAACUCCAAGCGGAUCCAGGUAGUCGAGGGCUGCUUCGGCGCGGCGGGCCAGCCACUGGUCAUACCGGGCCGCGUACUCAUCGGUGAGGGUGUGCUCACCAAGCUGUGUCGCAAGAAGCCCAAGGCGCGCCAGUUCUUCCUGUUCAACGACAUCCUGGUGUACGGCAACAUUGUCAUCCAGAAGAAGAAGUACAACAAGCAGCACAUCAUCCCGCUGGAGAGCGUCACCAUCAACACGGUGGCUGAUGAGGGCGACCUGCGGAACGGCUGGCUCAUCAAGACACCCACCAAGUCCUUCGCUGUCUACGCCGCCACCGCUACUGAGAAGUCAGAGUGGAUGAGCCACAUCAGCAAGUGCGUGGGCGACCUGUUGGAGAAGAGCGGCAAGGCGCCGACUGGCGAGCACGCAGCCGUCUGGAUACCAGACUCGGAGGCCACCCUCUGCAUGCGCUGCCAGAAGAUCAAGUUCACGCCCCUCAGCCGCCGCCACCAUUGCCGCAAGUGCGGCUAUGUGGUUUGUGGCCCAUGCUCUGACAAGAAAUUCCUGCUGCCCAGCCAGUCGUCCAAGCCGGUGCGUGUGUGUGAGUUCUGUUACCUGCAGCUGGCCUCCGCAGGAGGGGGGACGGGCUUAGACCCACGCUCGGACUCCUACAGCCGGUCAGGGUCGAAGUACAACAACGUGUCGGACGACGAAGAUGAGGAGGACAGCAGUGACUGAGGAAGGCCCUCCUGACAGCCUUCCAUCUUCCCCUUUUAGUAAUCAAUUAGCAAUAUUCCACUUAUAAUAAUCAUUUUUUUCUCCGCACAGCAGUGUUUUGAAGAAAAGUAAUUUUUUUCUUCUAGCUGAAAUAAAUGCUUUUUAAUGAUAAUAUAGUGAAAUGCCUGAUGGGAAUUGUAGUAAGUUCGGUAAAAAUAUCCCACACACUAUUUGUAGUAUGGCUGCUUCCUGUAUGGCGUGCUCCACAGUCAUCCUCUUUGUUCUCCAUUAAACAGUGGACCUCACGACAGGAGAGAAUGAUGCCAGGAGUAAUGUAGCACCUCUCAUUGUCCUCUCUGCUAAUGUCAUCCUCUUCUAUUAUAUUCCUGAUUUCAUUUCCCUUUUUUAUUUUUUAACAGAUGAACCUUAAGAGGUACAUGCCUCAAUGCGGAUAUUUCUGCAGGGAGAAGAGAUUAGCAUUCAGUCACACUUCACAUGGUCAACCUACCCAUUUAAAUAUUUCAGGUAAAAUACCUAUAGGUGCUUUUUUUUCUAGGUUUGUAGCUGCUUCAGUAUUUUCUAGCCUAAAUAACCCCUCCUUCACUAACCUCUCAAAGGAUUACAGUAUCAAAGCCAGAAACAUAAACAGCCUGAUCUGUUGAUCUCUUUUGUAGUUAUUUGCUUAUGACAAAUCAGCUAAAGCUUUAUGAUUGUAUGGUGAAGCUCCUCUAGGUGUAUAUGUCUUAGCAUACAGUGGUGGCCAACGUUCAGUUUUGAAGUUGAAGAGUUUUUCUACACAGCUUAGCUUGUAAUAGCAUGUAUUUGAAAUGCAAAUAUUCAAUCAUCCCAAAAAUGUACCUCACACAGACCUUCAUUUUCACACAGUGCCUUCUGAUGAAGUGAGUUGUCUGGGCAGGCCUGUUUUAAUGAGAUAUAUAUUAGAGUAGACCCUAGUACUGUAACUUCUGUUUUGAGGCUGUGUUCUGUCGGUAUAACCCUAAGCUGAAUGGCUGUAGGGAGAAGCUUUAAGCUGUCCAGUGUUGGAGAUAGUUAUGUGUUAGGUUUUGGUUCGUCUAGAGUAUUUGGCAAGUUUCUGCCUGGAGUCUCCACUGAGUGCCUCUAGAGUGCUGUGAGAGCAGAAACUCGACCUGUGAUGAUCAGGAAAUCAGCCCAUUGUCUUACUGUGGUCUCCUCAGUAUGUGACUGCUUCCUAACCUGCCCUCAAAGUUCCAGGGUAUCCUGACCUGUCAGAAAAUAAAGCUGAACUGAACUUGCCUGAACAGAGAACGGGAAAUCAUUGCAUAACGUACAGGAACUCUACAGGAAGUGUCUACCAUCGACUUCUCUGAGGAACCAAGACUGUCCCCCCCCGUGUCCCUCUUCCAACUGAGCUUCCCUAUAAGGUAUGGCCAUUCUGUGUCUGUGUCAGCUGACACUGACAUGUGAAAGGCUUGUUGGAGAACUAAUAAUGACCUACCCGCAACCACCAUCACUUUUUCACGCUGUGAAGCGAAUGGGAAAUGCACUAACCAUUUCAGGUUUUACACUCUGGGACAGACAGAUCUAAUUCAAUCACUUUCAGUCUGGGCAUAGUUUAUCUUCCUGUGUUUCCAUGGGAAUCCUUUCUCCUUUUUUAAAGCAACUUGUUUUUAUACCUAAGCAGUCAGGCUCACAGGUGGCAAAGACUUGAACUAAUUUGCAGUCUUUCAGUGUAAUAUGGAACGUUUAUCCUGAGAUGUGUGUAUUUGAGUGACAGAACUGACAAAAGGGAUCAUUUCUUUCUUUUUUUUCUUUUUUUUUAGCUUCUCUAAGAAGUAACUGUAGAGCCCUAUAAAAGUCCAUCUCUUUGGCAAGCAAUAAGACAUGAGACAAAUCUCCUACCCCAUUGUCUCUGAUUAUCAGGUUGUAUUGUUGCAGAUGCUCAAAAUACUACAUCCCUCACUCUAUUGAAGGUUUAUCAUCAUACUCAAACAACAAACAGAUAUUGGGCACAUCUAUAUUAAUGCAAAUCCUACCAUAAUCUGUAGUUUCCUUAAUCAACACUUUUUUUUCAUCUUUCACCUCACUUAAGGAAUAUUUUGAAAUGACUUCUGUUGAUUUUGUAUAUUUGUAUAGUGUUUGGGGUUUGUUUGGACAGUAUACUGUGUAGUUAUACAAAUGCCGCUGUUUCAGGUCUCUUGUGCUCGUCUCACCUUCAUGUAUGGACCGGAUUAAACACCAGCACUUUACUCCCUUUCUCUAGAGAGAGGUCGUAAACAAGAGCUACAUUGCAGCUGAGACCAUAGACUGACGGGACUGGAUUUCCUGUCUGACAUCACCUCAGGAGAGUGAGCUAGGGGUACCUACACAACCUGAGAAUUAACAUUGUACACCCGUUAAACAAAAAUUAUGUCUGAACACAGAAGGAACAAUGUGAGAUUUCUGAAAGGGCGCAUACCAUACUUUUUUGAGUUUGUUUUCUUUGCCUGCUUAUCUGGUUUGGUUUGUUAACCUCAAGUCUCAUGGAAUUUAAGUUCUCUCCAUUGCUCUCGGGUGGUGUUUUUUGUUGUCUUUAAAAAAAAAAAUUUUCUGUUGCCCAUUUAAAUUCUUGUUUUAAAAGUCUUAAGGGCUUAAACCUGAAUGUAAUACAGCAUAUCAUCAUUGGAUACUAAUUUUCUCUGAAUUGAAAUAUAUAAAUACCAUAUUGCCUAAAAUCUGUCUCUUCUUUGGCUUGUUGGAAAAAGUCCUCAUGGCUUCAGAGGGGAAUGACUAUUUACCAUGGUGUUUAGAGGGAGCUUGCUAGGUGGUGGCGACAGUCUUCUCGGGGAGCUGAGAACUGACUGCCCCAUGACCUCAUAGGCUGCCUGAUAGUCACAUGGCCUGUAGUGCUCGUAACAAUCAUGCCAUAAUCCAGCAGCCAAACUGCUCUGUCAGUGCAGUUUUCAAGCUCUGUUUGUCCAGUGACUCAAUGGGAAGCCCAGAAAAUUCUCAGACUUAUUUUGUUUUCCUUAUGCAUAUCUUAACAUUUGUGAUCAAGUUACUUUUAGUUAUGUAGUCGAAUUUAAUUAGCCACUGCUUUCUAUUCCGAGCAUCGCAGAAUUCCUUGUGUCUCCGCAUUGUGCAACUGUAACAAAUUCUUACACAAUGUUGAGGAAUCCUGCCAGGCUCUGCACCAAGCAUUUCUGAAUGCUAUUUUACUCAUUCUGAAGAUGCCAUGUUCAUAGCUGUCCUUUCAUUUAUCUGUUCGACAUCUUACAUUCAUCCGUUUCUGAUGAAUUAUCAAGAGGCCCUCAACUGAGCCUGUGGUGUCUUAACAUAAAGUCAAAUAAAGUUAAGAUUAUAGGGAUGGUUGUUUGUCACAUUUACCAAUCCCAUUCCCUGAAACAAUAAAUGAUGUAUGAAGCUUAACUUGUCCAACAAGUGCAAUAAACGUUUGAAAAGA